AUUUGCUGGGAGAUUAAUAAAAAAAAAAAAAAAAAGAAAAAGACCAUAAAGUAGUACAUACCUAUACGGCUGAGUUUGAUUUGAAAUAUCAACUUCUAUUGAAAUCAGUUAUUAUUAUUAUUUCUCUGAUACAUUACCGGAUCCAACCAUAUACAUAUACUCAUACCGUCACCGUGGCCUCCCGCGCAAUCAUGACCAAUUUCAAGAUCCAAAUCGUCUCCGACACAGUCUGUCCUUGGUGCUACGUCGGCCACCGUCGUCUAUCCCGCGCCAUAGCAACCCACAAACAAUCCCACCCUAAUGACACCUUCUCCAUCACCUGGCACGCAUUCUACCUUAACCCCGGAUCCCCAUUCUACCCAGGUGUCGACAAGAGACAACACUACGUCUCCAAAUUCGGCGCUCAGACCGCAGAUGCUAUGUUCGCGCGUCUCACGGCCGUUGGAGCCGAGGAGGGUAUAGCUUUCAAGUUUGGCGGAAGGACGGGGCGGACGAGGAAUUCGCAUCGUCUGAUCGCAUACGCCGGGAAGAAGUCGGACGGGAACAACGACGGCCUGCAGACGCGCGUUGUGGAGGCGCUGUUUAAGGCGUAUUUUGAAGAGGAGAAGAAUAUCACGGAUCGGGCGGUGCUGUUGGAAGCGGGAGUGAAGGCUGGCUUGCCUGAGGCGGAGGUCGAGAAGGUAUUGGAUUCGGAUGAGUGCGGAGCGGAGGUCGAUGCGGAUGCUGAGAGAGCCAGAAGGAGGUUCAUCAGUGGCGUGCCGCACUUUACUAUCCAGGAGAAAUAUGCUGUCGGUGGAGCCGAGAGUCCAGAUGCAUUCUUGGAGGUGUUCGAUGCAGUGAAGCGCGACGAGAAGUAGACGUGAAGUCUCCCUCCCACGUUGGACCAUGCGCUUCCUACAUUUGCUGUCUAGUGAGGAGCAUAACUAUAUGCAAUAGCACGUCUGG